UUGUAUAUAGGUAUCACUAAAUUCAGUAUUGACAUUGAUAGUAAUGACAGUAAUAUUUAAGUAGAAAUAAAAAAUAGUUAUUAAAUAAUUCAAUAUAUACAAAUUUCUGAAAGAAACAGUUACAGCUUUAAGUACAGUUAUCAUUAAUGUACAAAUUUUGUUUUAUUAAAUGGGUCUGUUAAGAAAAACAACUAAUUGGUAUGCGAGGUUAGCUCCGAGUUGGGGUCAUUCUUCGCCUCCCUAUAGACAUGUAGUUCAAAUAGGCGACCCUACAUUACGUAAAGUUUCAGAGCCGGUACCGGUUGAUAAAAUUAAAAGUAAGGAAAUUCAGACUGUUAUUCAAAAACUAAUAUAUGUACUUGACAAAUUUGGAAGUGUUGGUAUGUCGGCGCCUCAGAUAGGAGUCAACAAUAGAAUAUUUGUUAUGAGACUUACAGCUCAGAAUAUUGCAGCAUUACCGUUAGAAAAGAAAAAACUUCAGGAUAUCAAAACCGUUCCACUAACUAUUUUUAUCAAUCCUAAACUAAAAAUAAUUGAUUAUAGUAAAGUUAUACAUGUCGAAGGAUGUGAGAGUAUAAGAUCUUUUGCAGCAGAGGUUGCAAGGUAUAAUGAAGUACAAGUUACAGGUUUUAAUGCAGAUGGGGAAGAUAUAUCCCAAGUUUUAAAAGGCUGGCCAGCGAGAAUAGUCCAGCACGAGAUGGACCAUUUAGAUGGUAAACUGUACACAGACAUUAUGGAUAGGAAAACUUUAAAAUGUGUGUGUUGGGAGGAAGUCAAUCUGUCAAAAGGAAAACUAGCAAUACCAUUUACCCCUGAGUAGUUUGAGUGUAAAUAGUGUAAAUAUUAUGUUAUUGUUAUGUUUGUAUUAUUAAAUUAUUUGUUUAGUAAA